AUGUCGUCAACCAAGCAGUCGCAAACGGGCAGCAUCCCAAUAUUCGCGCGAAUCCUUGAACACACCGGCCUACGAACCCUGUAUCACUCAUCCAUCGACGUCAAACUCCUCUGUAUCCAGCCUGGUGUGCGUCUCUUUGCCUAUGGUGCGUAUACGCUGGUCCUGGUGUCUUUCUGGCGGGAGCUGGACAUUUCGCAGAACUAUAUCGAGCUGUUCAUGACCUUGACACUCUUUGACGAUGUGGGCAUUAGCUUUGUGCUCGCCUGCUUCGCGGACGGCAUCGGGCGCAAUGGCAACGAGAUUGAGCCGGUCCGUGCGGUCGAGGAGAGUACAAUUGCGCACAUCGUCACGCCCAAGCAGAGGGGUGAUAUCUACGCCUGA